AUGGCUAGAAAGAGAAAAGUCAGAAAGGAUGUUGAAGAGCUUGCUGAACAAAUGGGUAUUUCAAAAGAGGUUGUGCAGAGGGCUAGGGAGCAAAACAUACUGAAGAAGGAAGAUAUGGUAAAGCCUAAGAAGGCAAAACUGGUCUCCACUCCUCCGAAGCAAUCAAAGCCAAGGCAAUCUCAGUCUACACCUACCUCUGGUGUUCAAAAGCCUAUUCCUUCACCCAAGCCUCAAGCCAAGUCAACCAGUGGAGCUAAGAAAAGGAAGAAGGAGAAAUCUCAAAGAGAAUAUGUUGCAGCCACUGCUGAGGAUGUUGAAAAUGAAUCUGACGAAAUGGUGAAAGAGGUAAAGAAGACAACUACCUAUGCCAGAGUAGUGAAGAAGCCUCAAUUCGAUGGAGCCCAGCCUACCAAGAAGUCAAAAUCAGAAGUUGAGCAAUCUGGUAGAGCCAGAGCGAGCAAGAAGCAAAAUUCAAAAUCGGAUGAAGCUCUGAAAUCCAUAAAAGUUGAAGUUGUAGAUGAUUCUGAUAAUGCUAAUGAUAAUAACUCCAAUGAAGUUGUACAGGACCCUCCGGUGGUAGAAGUUGUUUUGGAAAAGGCGGUUGAGGAGUCAAUUGAUGGGGAAAAGGGAAAAGAUGAUGCAGAGAAGGGUGAGGAUGAUGGUAAAGAUGCAAGUGCAGAGGUAGCAGGAAAGGAGAAAGGAGAGGACAAGGAUGAUCAGGCUCCAGUAACAAUGGCAAGAGACACUCUAGAAAAUCUUGCACAAGCUAAAGCUAGUGAGGACUUACUUAAGUCACAUAACGCAGACAAAGAGUUAAUAACAUUGGCAGUAGAUGUAUUGGAGAAAAUUUUGCCAUCUUUCAAACCGGACUUAGCAAAUAAUCCAUCUGGUAAGAUGAUUGAGAAUCAUAAGAAAAUAAGAGAAUGUGAAGGCCAGCUUGCUAGCAUAUCUCAUUCAUAUGCACCUCAGUCAAUCACGGCCAGUAAUUUUGAACCACAAGUUUUGAGUAUAUUGGAUAAGAUUAAGAGUUUAAAUCAAGAGAAGGGUAGAAUUUUGGAUAGAGUAGGAGAAGUGAGGAGUCUUAUCACUCCCCGAAUAGAUUCUCUGAUGAGUAGCAUGCAAGAUGCUAAGGAUACUUUGAAUCAGAGUGUUCUAGCAGACAAAUAG